CCAGCAUAAAAUAAGCAGAGAAGGAAAAGUCUUCAUCUUUGAAGAUGGACAACUAUCUUAAUCAAUUUUUCAGUUCCUCUUCAUGGUCAGAUGUAGACGUGAAGAAGAUAUCAUCUUGGGGAUGUUGUGAAUGUGGGCAACCAAAUGAAAUGCUUCUUAAUUCAGCUGGAGUGGAUGAGGAUGACAACAAUAGUUCACCUACAUAUCUGACUAAUUCAAACCACAGUAUGGAGAGCUUGGCUGCUCAAGAUGCUUCAUCUAUUGUUCAUGAUUUAGAGUCAGAUGCACAAGAUGAUGGUAAACACUUCAAGCCAAACCUCUCAAAUGGAAAGGUGGAUCGUAGCUUUAAAGUCGAAAAUCCGGGCCUGCAAUAUGAUGUGGAUAUCGUAACCCCCUGCUCACUUGCUUCUCUGGAGCAGCUGCCUUUGAAUGGUAACAUGGUGAGAACAUCUCUUUCCGGCAUAGAGCCGGAAAAUGUGGUAUGCAACAACCGUGAACCAUCCAUGUUCGAAAGAUUCAAUGGAGAUUUCGAAACCCUUUCUUCGAUUUCUCAGUUGUGGCCUCUUCAAUCUUAUGAGGGUGUUCCUUCUUCUCUUUCUCCUGGUAUGGGACAGCACAGAAUGUGCAGCUUUGGCUUAAAAGGAGAAUAUGGGGAUAAUGGUACUUAUGCCAUGGCAAACGAUCCCAAUAACUUGGCUGCUUUAGUCAGCACAGAGGGAAAGCAGGACCUACAAAAUUAUCCUUUGCCUUCUUUUGCUUCUGGGCCUCAGAUUACAAUGACAAUGUCUGGAUUGCAGUCUUUACAGCAGGCUACAUCAACUACCCCCUCUGCUGAAUGUACUGGAACUGGAAAGCCUCGUAUGAGGGCACGUCGAGGCCAGGCAACUGAUCCACACAGCAUUGCUGAAAGGCUUCGGAGAGAAAAAAUUGCUGAAAGAAUGAAGAACCUGCAAGAACUGGUACCGAAUUCUAACAGGACCGACAAGGCAUCCAUGCUAGAUGAAAUCAUUGAGUAUGUCAAAUUCCUUCAGCUCCAAAUCAAGGUGCUAAGCAUGAGCAGAGUUGGUGCUGCAGGAGCAGUUGUUCCUCUCAUCACAGACACUCAACAAGCUAAUGGUGCCAAUGGUUCUUCGCUGUUGCCUUCAGUUGGCCAAGUAACUGACAUUUCAUUCAAUGAAAUUGCCUUAGAGCAAGUAGCGAGGCUGAUGGAAUCAGAUGUGACCAAGGCAAUGCAGCAUCUCCAAAGCAAAGGUCUCUGCCUUAUGCCAAUUGCUCUUGCUGAUGCCAUAUCCACAGAAAAAAAAUCAUCAUCAUCACCAGCUCCUGCUUCUGAUGAUUGGAAGAAAACCGGUUUCAACGAUAGCGGCCUUGUUCAAAACAACAGCAGCAGCAGCAGCAACAGCAGCUUGCCUGAGGUCAAACAAGAAGCCAAGAACCAUUCUUUUGCUGCAAGAUAACUUAGAAUAAGAGAUAUAUAUAACUUUUACCUCAUUAUUUUUUU